GACUUCUUGGUCAGAAGAAAAAACAGCAGAGAAAAGACUUCUUGCCAACGAUCUUGGGGACAAAAAGUUAAGGAAGAACAAGCACUGCUUCUGUGAACGAGUUUCAUGGUUUGUUCCCGUGGAAAAUGUGAAGUCUGGUCCUAAGGAAAACCUGCCCCAGCAUCAUGAUCCCAGUAUCUGCUGGUUUGCACCAAUAACCAACACCAAACAGUGGAGGGAACCACUGUGGGAAUAGAACUGGCAGGGAUGCCACAUGCACAGCCAUGGGGCACUAGCAGGCCCAGGCAGAGAGCCACCAAGGCUGUUUGUGAGAGUCACUCUACAGGAAUCCCUUCAGUUUCACAGACCUGACUUCAUCUCCCACUCUGGGGAGCGGAUAAAGCGUCUGAAACUGAGAGUCCAGGAGAGGAAGCUGCAGAAGAUGUUGCAGAGAAAGCGGGAGGCCCUGGUCAACGCUGUGAGAGAACGGCAGGGCCGGGACCCUGCGCACCCGCUUCUGAAAAGAGGCUUCCUGGAUGUCCGAAAGAACAAGCCUAUUGGGAAGAAAGAAAUGAUUCAGAGGUCUAAACGGAUUUAUGAGCCGCUUCCAGAAGUUCAGAGAAAGAGAGACGAGGAGAAGAGGAGAUUGGAAUACAAGUCGGACCGGCUGCGAGCUCAGCUUUUCAAGAAGAAAGUGAACAAUCAACUCUUGGGGAGAAAAGUUCCCCGGAACCGAUAUGAGAUAUCGAGUCCUUAG